AUGUAUCUCUGGGUCGCUUACGGGCUCUACUUGCUUGGGUCAUUUCAUCAAGUAGAGCCCGUAAGCGACCCAGAGAUACAUCGCCCUAACUCUGUGGACCAGCGCGGGCUACCGCCUCAUGAACGGGGGCGGCCAAAGAAGCUAAUUCAACAUUUGCGAAUUGGGACAUCAAAUGUUGGGUCCAUGAAAGGAACAGGCAGGGUUCUGGCAGAUAGUAUGAAAACUAGGAAAGUGGGAGUGCUAUGUGUGCAGGGAACAAGAUGGAAGGGGAACAAAUGUGUAUGCAGGAGGCACAAAGGAGGAAAAAAGAAUAGUUUGGGGAGGCACUACAAGAAGAACUGGAAAAAAGUUGAUGAAAGUGAAAGAUGCAUAACUGGAGGAGAUAUGAAUGGCCAUGUUGGUAGCAGCAAUGAUGCCAUCGGUCGCAUACACGGAGGAAAUGCUUAUGGAAAUGGUGAUGAGGACGGAGAGAAGAUUAAAAACUGCAAAGUAAUACCUGGAGAUCAUGUGACUGAGCAGCACCACUUGGUUGCCAUUGAUCUCACCAAAGCUGUCUCACAGAAGAAGAAAAGGAAAACUAUAACUCAGGGAAGGAUGAAAUGGUUUAAACUAAAGGAAAGUGAUUCCAACAAGAGUUCAAAGACCGAAUUCUAA